CUGCGCACGACCCAGCAGUCUUUGUCUAAGCCUUCAGUGAUCCGGUUAGUGCCUUAUCUCAGUUUCUGAUUUUAGUGGACAGUCUGCUUGCCCGAUUCGGUGCGAGUGAUUUUCCGAUUUUUUCAGUUUUCCCCCGGUUUACCAAGCGUGGCUGGCUUCACGUGACGCGCUCAGUUUCAGUGACUUUGCAGUGAGAGUGACUCAGUGCUUCAGAAAAAGGGGAUGUGGCAUCAGUAGGCGCUUCUGAUCCAGAAUGUUCCAUUCGGCGGUGAACGCAACCGGCUACAAUGACACCAACUCGGGCUUCCAUCAGCACAUUCAACAGUCGCCUGUCUAUGUGCCGAGCAACCGGGGCAGCGCCAUGCCCCAAUACCCCUCACCAGCUGGGGGGCACUUUGGUUCUGCGCAUCAAAACGCCUGGCAUUCCGGCUCCGGGUACGCAGAAAUGGGCGGGCCCACUGCGCAUGGGCUGGGGGCGAGCGGGCACCAUGCGGGCGCACUUUCCGCCGGCCAAUUUUACGCCCAGAACAUGAUGAUGCGAUCGUGGGGCCCUUACGAGGGCGGCUUCCAGCGAGGUUACGAUCCCGCCAUGGAGUUCCAGUUCGGCGAGGGAAGAGAGUGUGUCAACUGUGGCGCGAUCUCGACGCCACUGUGGCGCCGGGACGGCACUGGUCACUAUCUGUGCAAUGCUUGCGGGCUCUACCACAAGAUGAACGGCAUGAAUCGGCCCUUGAUUAAACCCUCCAAAAGACUGACGGCCACCCGCCGCUUAGGGCUCUGCUGCACGAACUGUGGUACGAGAACGACGACGUUGUGGCGCCGCAACAACGACGGCGAGCCGGUUUGCAAUGCGUGUGGCCUCUACUUUAAGCUGCACGGGGUGAACCGGCCGCUCGCCAUGCGCAAAGACGGCAUUCAGACACGCAAACGCAAACCAAAGAAGGCGGCGAACGGCGCGCAGAACGGCGUGGAGAGGGAGGACAGUAACUCCGCCCCAGCCGAAGGUAGGCGCGCCUACCCUGAUAGUGGGGAUUGGGCAUUGAUUGAUGCUCGUUUGCUUGCAGCAGUGGAGGCAAAGGCGACGAAUGCGGUGCAACAUCAGUCGCCCAACCACCAGCAAAGUUGCGCUGCGCAAUCCAACAAUCCCCCCAACCCGCAUGAGAAGUCGCCCUUUGGGGGCGAGCGGCCCUAUUUGGGGCAGACGUCGCUGCUGCCCUCUACCAGCACCAGCUCAAUCAAAAGCGAGCCGGGGUAUGAGUACAGUUGUCUUCAGAACCAGCCGACCUACCCCUAUCAGCAGCUGUUCGGGUUUCCUAGUCCUUCCUCAGGCAACGAGAUGGCGUACCAUCACCAACAUCAUGUGACAGCAGCUGCCAAACUCAUGGCCUCCUCAUAGCCCCUGAUGUACAUCUAAAGCUAAGUUCACAACUACUCAAUUUGUUGCUGCAACUCGAGAGUUGUUUGUGCAAAAAUACAAAAAUGCCUCGUUUGAACUAACAAUUAAAUGCAAUUCCCCAGGAGCUGCAACCAAUUGCGUAAGUGUGAACCCAGCCUUAAUCCUCUGUGGUGGCUCACAUUGAGUCCGGUUGCAACCCCCUUAUUAAUUAAUCGAUUAAUAAGCAUUCGAUGUGCAGUUUGUACAUAUUUUGUACAUACUUAGGUAAACCUAGACUAUUGGCACUGACGAAAAUUAUUUAAUUCGCUAUUAUUAUAUUGUAUGUAAGUAGAUCGUUGUUUUUAAGGCCACAAGCUGUAAAGAAAGUCUAGAAAUGUGCAGUAUUGUUAUGAAAAAUGUACGAUUUUAGUAGUUUAUGUAGGUACUUAUUAGAAAAAAAACAGUCAACGUUUUUGCCCUUUUGAGUUAAUAAAUGAGUUAAAAAGUG